AUGUCAUCGCCUUCCCUGAUCCCAGUUUCGACCCAACAGUCUUCCCUCCAGCAAUCCCAACGGUCUGGCACCAAUCUACUCUUAUUCCUCCGACCCUUCCUCACGCGCAUCUCCGCGCUCUAUCGCCACGCUCUCUCCAACAGCCGCCCUUGGACCGAGCUCAUCGACCGCACUGCCUUCACCAGGCCGACCUCGCUCACCAAUGCCGCCUACUUUAGCGUCAACUACCUCAUCAUCUUCUUCUACGGGCGCCGAUCGUCGGAGCAGUCGCUCGUGAUCGCGAUCUUAGUGACGAGCGUGUUGUCGCUGCUGCUGACAGCGGUGAUGGUGAGGGUUGGGAUCAUCUGUGUUCACAGAGCAUUUAGAGAUCCUGAUGAUUUGUUCUUGGAGGAAACGCAGCCUUUGGGUUCUGGAAUCAUUUCGAUUUUCGGUGGGCCCCUUCUUUUAGAAGGCAGGUGCCAGGCAUGA